AUGGCGUCCCAGUUUUCGUUGCUUCCCGCAGUCGCCACCGUGCUGGCCGCCACCGUACUCCUCUGUGGAACAAAUGGGCAGCUCAGCUCUUCCUUCUACUCCACCACUUGCCCCAAUGUUUCUACCGUUGUCCGCACUGUGAUUCAGCGAUCCUUGGUGGCGGAUUCUCGCAUUACUGCCAGCCUUAUCCGUCUCCAUUUCCAUGACUGUUUUGUUAACGGUUGUGAUGGUUCAAUUUUGUUGGACGGAAAUGAAAGCGAGAAAGGUGCAGCUCCAAAUGCGAAUUCUGCUAGGGGGUUCGACAUUGUUGACAACAUCAAGCUUGAGGUUGAGGACGUUUGCAAAGGUGUGGUGUCAUGUGCUGAUAUUUUAGCACUCGCUGCCGAAGCCUCGGUUUCACUGAGUGGUGGCCCUUCAUGGAAUGUGUUGUUGGGCAGACGGGAUGGAAGAACAUCAAACAAGGAAGGUGCUGAAACUAAUCUUCCUUCUCCAUUCGCAACUUUGAACGAAAUUGUUCAAAAGUUUGCAAGGGUUGGCUUGAACAUUAAUGAUGUCGUAGCUUUAUCUGGCGCACAUACUUUUGGACGUGUACAAUGUCGUUUCAUCAACGACAGACUGUACAAUUUCAACAAUACCGGCAACCCUGACCCGUCUCUAGACCCUGCCUACUUGGUUAUAUUAAGGAACACCUGUCCCCAGAAUGGAUCUGCAUCCAACGUGGCCAACUUCGACCCGGCAACCCCAAAUUUAUUUGACAACAACUACUUCUCUGGAUUGCUGAAGAAUCAGGGUCUUCUGCCAUCGGAUCAAGUGUUGCUGUCUAUGCCCGGUGUGGUUAACCAUUUUGCUCAAAACCAAACUGCAUUUUUCGAGAGCUUUGCAGUUGCCAUGAUUAACAUGGGGAAUAUAAACCCUUUAACAGGGUCUAGUGGGGAAAUUAGGUCUAAUUGUAGAAACCCGAAUUAAUAUUGCAUGUACCUAUAAUGUUUGGAUUAUGUGGCACCAGAUAUAAAGAUAUAUAAAUAUAAUAAAAUAAAGUUUAUAAUU